AUGAGUUCUAUAUUUCGUCGUUGGAAGAAUCGUUUACGAUGUUCAAAUAAACGACAUAUGCCUCACAGUCGUUCAUCUAUCAUUAAUGAUCCUGAAUUGAAAACAGUAAAUGUUACAAUGGAUAAAUUAGUCAAUGAAAAUCGUAUUUUAAAAGAACGAUUCGAUAAACUUGAUGAACGCUGUCAACGAUGGAUUGGUGACGAACAAACUUAUUUAUUAAAACGUAUUGAACAAUUAGAAAAUGAAAAUCGUCAAUUACAUGAUAAUCAUAGAACUUAUCAAAUAAAAAGUGAAAAAUGUAUUGAAUCUGUUACUGAUCUAAUUGUAAAAAUACUCUUUACACAAGAGGACUUGAGGAAACAAUGUAGCGAUAUACAUAAUGUAAUUGAUACAGUUCAGUUGAGAAAGAAAGUGCAGCCAAAUGAAUCAAUUAUUCAAAGUACACGUAGUAUUUCAUGUCAAUUUACAUCCAAUCAUACAAAUCAAGUUCAACGACAUACUACAAAUGAUCAAUCGACAUGGGUUCAUCAACGACUUAUGAUUGUUGAAAAGAAUGAUGAGAAAACAACAAACCAACUAUCGGGUAUGCAAUAA